AUGGCAAAGGAAAAGUUUGGCCCAUAUACUAAUUCUACGCUCACUCGGGAUGAGCUCAAGAUAAUCCAAGAGCUUUGGGGAGUUCUCUACGCCGUUGAAGGCGAGCUUCCUGAUGGAGGCACCCCCGAGACCGUAAGGUCAGGGUACUGCGGAGCCUUUAUGACUCAUUUCAAGGAUGGCGGUUUAUCGUUUCCUCUUCCUUCCUUCCUUUUAGAGCUUUUAGCGGAGCUCGGAAUGGCGUUCACUCAGAUGAACCCAAAUUUUUUCGUUAUCUCAAGGCUACAUGGGUUCGAGCUAGAGAGGAAGAACAGCGGCUUUCAGGGGACGAUGAUCCUGGCUCCGCGUGAAGGUCUCUCUAUUAUCAGUGGUAUUCCCAACAAAGACAUUCAGUGGAGAGACAAAUUUUUCGUCUUUAAGGUCAAUCCGGCGUCGGUUGGCGAUUUUGAUUUUUCUCGGAUCCCAAGGGAAUGUAAUGAGAAUAUUGCUAAGCGAUUUCCUUGCUUUUCUUUUCGAGCGUAUGCUUACGCUAUGACUCCGGAGCGAAACCGGGCUGCUCCUAUCGCGCUUGAGGAACCAGUUCGUCCUCAACAAGAUCGCAAAGGGAAAAUUUUAGAGGUGAAGAGAGCGGAGGCUUCUGCGGGUGCCGAACCCUUGAAGCGAGCUCAGAGAACUCCGAAAGGACAUGUACUCAGGCCGAGAUCUCAGGCUCCGUCUCCCCUCCUUUUGGCCAUGCCGGUGUCGGUUGCUAUUCUGGUUCUCGAGGACCAGUCGGCGUCUCAUAUCCCGGUUGAGUUGGAUGUUGGUGGUGAUAGAGUCGACUCUGGGGCUCGCCGAACUCGUCGUCUGGAUCUGAAUGAGGUCGUCUUGGCAGACCUUAGUUCAUCGAGCUCGAUGCCUCCUCUUGUGACGCAGGCUCCAGGAUCCGGAGCAUCUCACGUCGAUCUGGCGCAAGAUAAGGACCCCCAGAUGCGAGCUCCCUUCUUUGGAGAAGAUGUGGCCGUUGCGAAUGCUAAGGCUAUGGAAGCCAGUAAUGAGUAUGCUGCUUUGAUGGAGGCACGACUGGCGAAUUUCCAGAGUCGAGAAGAGCUAGAAGGCCAGUUUCUUAUUAUUCAACAGUUGCAAUCCAAAUUAAGCGCAUCGCAGGCGAACGAGCAACAUCGAGUGAAGGAGUUUGAAGACCUAAAUGCAGCGUUGGCGGCUGGUGAGUCGGAUAAGGUCGCGAUUAUGGGAGAUUUCGACUCAUUGAAGGAGAAGUUCAAACGAGAAGCUGAGAAUCGGGAGAAAACAGUUCAAAAGGAGCAAAUGGCUACCUUUUCUUUCUAUGUCACAUAUGUUGUUCAAACUCCGGAUGGGAGGCGAAUGGCUACCUUUUCUUUCUGCAAUAAGUUUUGA